UGCAGGGGAGACCUACUAUGGAAGGAACUGUUCGCUUCAUUCUGCUUUUAUUUCUGCACUGUGGAUCAUUUUUCCUUGUUUCAGCAAGACCUGCUGAUGAUGCAGUGACAUUCACUGUGCAUGCAAAUGCAACUUUUCCUACAACUGAGAGUCCUUUUUCUGCAAGAAAAACCAACACCACUGUGGUUCCCACCUCAGGAUACACAACAGCACACAGUUAUAUUAAGUCAACAACCAAACCUCCCAAAACCAACACAGUUACUAAACCUGUGACUAAAGAAACAGACAAAAAAGCAGAAGAAGAAGAAGAGGAAGGUCCUUUGGAGUUAGCAAACAGAUCCACAAGGAGCGUUAAGGUAGCAAAGAAGCCCAAAACUGAACCGAAGAAACCCAAAGUCAUCACCAAGAAGCCAAAAGUGGUUAAGAAAACCAAACCACAGGUCAAAAAGCAAGUGAACCAAUCAGAGGCCAAGAAGACAACCCCACAAUGUCCUCCACUGGGUCUGGAGUCACUGAAAGUCAAAGACACUCAGCUGACGGCGUCCUCCUUCAAACGCAGAGGCCUGGGUCCUCACCGAGGCCGGCUGAACAUCCAGUCUGGGAUAGAGGAUGGUGAUAUCUACGAUGGCGCCUGGUGUGCUCAGUACAGAGAUAAGAAGCAGUGGCUGCAGGUCGAUGCUCUGCGGCCGACUCGCUUCACUGGUGUCAUCCUGCAGGGUCGCAACUCCAUCUGGAGCUGGGAUGUGGUACAUACUUAUAAAGUGCAGUUCAGCAAUGACUCCCUGACCUGGAAACCAUGUAUGAACGGGACUAAAGAAGCAGUAUUUGAAGGAAAUCAAGAUGCAGAGACACCUGUCCUCGCUCUCUUCAACACUUCCACAGUGGCGCGUUACAUCCGGAUCAACCCCCAGACGUGGUACCAGAACGGGACUAUGGGGGACAUCUGCCUGAGAGCUGAAGUGUUGGGUUGCACGCUCCCAGAUCCAAAUAAUAUUUAUGCAUGGCAGACAGAACCAACAGGCUCCAGAGACAAACUGGACUUCAGGCACCACAACUACAAAGAGAUGAGAAAGCUUAUGAAGUCUGUGAACGAGGCAUGUCCCGACAUCACUCGUAUCUACAGCAUCGGCAAGAGCUACAUGGGUCUGAAACUCUACGUCAUGGAGAUAUCUGACAACCCAGGAAAACAUGAACUGGGAGAACCAGAGUUCCGCUAUGUUGCAGGGAUGCAUGGGAACGAGGUCCUGGGCCGGGAGCUUCUCCUCAAUCUGAUGCAGUAUAUGUGCCAAGAGUACAAGCGAGGCGACCAGAGGAUAGUCCGCCUCAUCAAAGAGACUCGCAUCCACCUCCUGCCCUCCAUGAACCCAGACGGAUAUGAGAUGGCCUUCAAAAAGGGAUCCGAGUUGGCAGGUUGGGCCUUUGGACGUUACAGCUACGAGGGUAUCGACAUGAACCACAAUUUCGCAGACCUCAACUCAGGCAUGUGGACCGCCAUCGAGCUGGAGACAGACCGAUCCAAACUCAUCAACCACUACUUCCCCAUCCCUGAGCAGUACACAUCAGAGGACGCUUUUGUGGCAUCAGAGACUCGAGCCGUCAUCAACUGGAUGCAGAACAUCCCAUUUGUUCUGAGCGCUAACCUCCAUGGUGGAGAGGUGGUGGUCACCUACCCAUUUGACAUGACGCGGGACUGGGCACCUCGCGAGCACACGCCCACCGCUGAUGAGAGCUUCUUCCGCUGGUUGGCCACAGCGUACGCCAGCACCAACCAGGUGAUGUCCAACCCAGACCGGCGGCCCUGCCACAACAAGGACUUCCUCAGAUAUAACAACAUAAUCAAUGGAGCUGAUUGGCACAAUGUACCAGGAAGUAUGAACGAUUUCAGCUACCUGCACACUAACUGUUUCGAGGUGACGGUGGAGUUGUCCUGUGAUAAAUUCCCUCACGCCAGCGAGCUUCCCAUCGAGUGGGAGAACAACAGAGAGUCUCUGCUGGUUUACAUGGAGCAGGUCCAUCGUGGAAUCAAGGGUGUGGUUCGUGACAAAGACACAGGUGCUGGUAUAGCAGACGCCAUCAUCAAAGUCGACGAAAUUGAUCAUCACAUCAGAUCAGUGGCUGAUGGAGACUACUGGCGGCUGCUGAAUCCCGGUGAGUACCGUGUGAUGGCCACCGCAGAGGGCUACUUCCCCUCCUCUCGCACCUGUCAGGUCAUGUAUGACUACUACCCCACGAUCUGCGACUUCCGCCUCACUAAGGUGCCCAAAGAGAGGCUAAAGGACAUUUUGGCAAAGGGAGGAAAACUGCCUAAAGAUCUGCAGCUCCGACUGCGACAACUCCGCCUACGUAAACUCCGUGUCACCACCAAGGCGAUCAACCAGAGACGAGCUGCUGCCACCACCAAAAGAUUAAAAAAGGUGUGACCAUGAUGACAGAGGAUUAUCUACAAUAAAGCAGGACUUUAUGGUUAGAGUUCCUCAUCUUCACUAGAAUAAUGGCAGUAUUUCAUUUUUUAAAUGCUGUUUUUUUAUGAAGGACAAGAAAGCCGGACACGUUUUCAUGAAAAUGUUCUUUAACAUCAAAACAAAGAUCUGCUGCUGCUGCCUGAUGUAUAUGAACGUGACAUUGUGUUUCUGAGCUCCAGAAAAUAAACACAUUCAUCCAGGAGAGACGUUCAGUUGAGAGUUUAUU